AAAAAAGAAAAAAACUCAGACGAUACUUUUAUUAUCUUUACCUUCAUUUUUUUUUGUGUCAACAAAUUUCUGUCAGCGCACUUCAACAAACAGCCACCGUCGUCGACGUCAGCCAUCAUCUUGGCUUCAUCUUUUCUCUUUCUUUCUUCAUCUCAAAAGCAUUCACUCUCUAUUGCAUCUUGCUUUUCGAUUUCUUGCUAUUUUUAUCAUUUUUCAUCUCGUUCCCCAAUUUCAUCCAGUCAAUCAAUUGCCUUCGCCUCGAGCGAUGGCGAAUUUGCCGAGAAGUGUUUCUCUGAUCAACCUGGAGACGGAGAGCAUUGGCGGGUGUUCCAACACGACUUACGCCACUUCCGAGAUGCGUCUCAAGAACAAUGUCAGGACUCUCUAUGAGCGCAUGCAGGCGGCUCUGCGUCAUGGCAGGCGGAAGCAGAAACGUGGGCUGGAAAUUUCUGGGCCGUUUGGUCUCAAAAAGGAGCCCGUUCUGCUCCCCGGCAUCUCGCAAGAAGAGCUCUGUAUCCUUCGAGAAAAGGCUGCCGCUAGUCGCAUCGGUGUUGCUGAAGACUCCAUGUUCCCCGAUCCAACAGCCAGCCUGCCUCGGUCAAUCCGUUCUCGCUCCCCCUACCGAAGCCCUUCGCCAUUCUCCGUUGUCUCUGCCACUCAGCAGCAGCCCAACUAAUUCAAUGAUUGGAUGCAAAUCUCAUGAACGAACACCACAAUAUCAUCAUAUCCAUGAUUAAGGACAUUACGGAUACUAUUAUCACUACUUUUUAUCGUUAUUGCUUUGGAUAGUGAUGCAUUUCUCUCCUUAUUUUCUUUUUCUUUUUCAUCUUUUUUUCCCUUUCUUUCUCAUGGGCAUGGCAAACAAGGGACAAAAACAGAUUGGCUAGAUUGGCUAGAUUGGAUCGGUUUGGGAUUGGACAGGUACUUAAUUAUGGGCUUUACAGGAUAGAUUGGGCGGGAACGGUUAGCAAGCGACGGGCAGGAUAGAUAUUACAAUGACGAUUUCGUUUGGUCUAGACGAGAAAAAACAAACGAAUAUGGGAAUGG